CAGCAUAUAUCGAUAAUUUUCGUCAAACAAGUUGUUUAGAAAUAGAGAAAUCAUUAAGCCAAAAUGAACGAUAGCAGCGUUCCCGCCUUCGAACUCGGCGAUGCUUUGGCCACACGCUGUGGCAACACACUCACUGGCGUCUUUUUGCCGGGAUCACGAAUCGCACUAAGCGCCUACCGGCAUGUGACGCACAAUACGCCGGACGUCCCAACUGAGUCUGCUGGCCAAGAUCCAGUACUCAUCUACCUGGCAGAGGAGUCUACUCUAUUCGACGAACCAGUGCUGCGCAGUGUCUUGGCUGAGGCGAAUGCCACCUUUGCCACCCUGCAGCAACUGGGUCUAAGGGCCAGUCGUGCCGAGUACGUUAACAUAUCGCGGGCAUACCGCAGCAUCGUGCGGUCCUGCCUGGAGAAGUUAGAGCAGGCCAAGAAGUCACCGGAAGUGCAGACUGAUGAGCCGCGCCUUUCUCGUUUCACCGAUGCCAUCAUCGUGUUCUAUGCGGCGGAGUGCCUGUGGCAUCUCUUCGAAAUUCUAUACAUCCAGAAUAAUCAGCUUGUUGUGCCCCAACUACUCGACUGGGCACGCUUUCAUUCCCCACAAACUGAGGACAGGGCUACCGAUCUUCUGCUGAUGGCCGAGGAGGCUAGCGAUUCGGAUGACUACUGGAAAGUACUUAGGUCACUUAUCAUGUUGGGCCAAAUAGAUGUCUCGCGUGCAAUUCUAUCUCAGAAUCGUAAGUCUGGACAGCCAGCAUUCAAGGCGGCUGAGCUGAUCCUGAAAUCUAUGCCCGUAUACCAAGAGGGCUAUGCGCUGCAGAAGUUUCACUCGCAAUGGGAGUAUUGGCACGUGGACUCGGAACGUAAGAUUCAGACCGGUGUAUUUGCCACGGAACCAGAGCUAGAGCAGGUCCUUCGGCUGGUCGCGGGCAACAACGAACAAUGGGAUGCGGGAAUUAAAGAGGCACAAGAUUGCUAUGAAUACCUACCUGGAUACCUGCUGUUUACCAAGCCCACCUGCAAACCCUUUGAGCUUAGAAUAUCAGCCACCAAUUGGCUGAACCGCUGGUGUCUGCUUCGUCCAAAUAAGGAGGUCUGCGGCAUGAAUCGCAUGAUUGCGCAGCUCAUGGAUCACGAUAUAAAGCUCUUUAUAUACGAGACCCAGAAAUUAAACGAUACCCACUGGUUCUCCACACAUUUAAUUGAUCUAAUCCAUCAUUGCGGUCAGCUAAAGAGCUACUUUGAUCAAAACAACAUAGAUCUUCCAGCCUUACGUCAUUCAAUGAUCUAUGAUUACGGCAGUUAUCUAAUGACAACACACAAUUUAUGGCAAUUAGGCAUCGAUUAUCUGGACUGCUGCAAAGAGGAGGGUCAGGCAGCUAUUGAACUGCUUCUGCCUCGUAUCACCUUGCACACUGAACGUCAAGCCGCUAAGUUGAUCAACCUGGCCAGGCAUCGAGGACUCACGGGUGUGGAACAGGAGAUCUGCAAGGUGCUUUCGAAGAAAUCCUACAAUAAUGAACGUUAUGGCAAUGCUCUUGAAUGGGCCAUCCGCUCCAAAGAUGUUCUGCUAGUGACGGCGGUUGCAGACUACAUUUUGAAGCAUUACUCGAGAACAGGAGUCAUGCUGUGCCCGGACACAAUAGCCAAUGUGGGAGGACGAAUGUUUAUCUCACCACGCUUAGUUUUCCUCUCCAAAUACUAUGAGUUCUACGAAUACUAUCGUAAUCGAGACUUUCUCUCUGCUUCUGAGCUUCUCGUAAAUCUGUUGGAAUCAAGAAUUACACCUGAUUUCUUUUGGCCGUCAUUGCUCAUCGAUUCCAUGCCACUGCUGGAGUCUGAGAAUCCGAAAAUUUUCGCCAAGGAAACUGUGGCCAUUCUCCAUCAUAUUGAAACUGAACUUGUCCCUAUUAUCGAACGCGAUGUGUCCAAAUAUGGAAAUCAUCAUACAGAAACCGUGUUCAAAGACUAUCGGGUGGAAAACGUCGAUAAAAUCCUGGACCGCAUGCGUCUGGCCUGCGCUCGGAAUUUGUCCAGAGCACUAAUCAUUGAGAACACUAUGCCAGUGGCGUGAUUUUUGAAUGCAUUUUUAGAGUAAUUUAUUUUGUAUUUUUCGCUUUUCCAAUACAUCGUAAUAUAGAUUGUUUGCAUUGCUAACUUGUUAUUCAUA